AUGUCCAAUGCAUGGGGUAAAGCCUUGGAUCAGGCAAGCAUAUUCAAAUCAUACUUUAAUGAACUUGAGAAGGCAGUCAUCAAAGGAACUAUACACAAGUUAAGAGUACCAAAGGAGAAGCAUGUGAGGAGAUUGGUAAUCUACACUCAUGAGAGAACAGGUCCCAUUGGUGAUCUUUACACUCAUCUAUCGGCAAGACUACAACAACCUGAUUGGAUCAUCGUCUUAAAGUCACUCAUUGUAUUCCACAGGAUAUUCAACUCUGGCAAUGUCCGAUUCUUAGAGGAUCUGUCACAUAGAGGUCUAGUGUUCCCUCUCGUCAGGUUCACAGACAUGACCUCCACUCAAUCUCAUCAACAAUCUGUAUUCAUCAGGAAGUACUCGGCAUACUUGGAGGAGAAGAUAUUCUCGUACAGGGAGAUGAAGUGCGAGUUUGAGAAGGAGUCGUAUACGUCAAAGGGUCUGUCGGUCGACCAGCUCCUGUACAGGAUCCCAAAGAUGCAGCGUCAGUUUGACUCGCUGAUGGCCACCCAUGUCGAGGAGGUCUGUGACAACAUCAUCACCAUCAACGCCUUUGAGCUACUUCUCAAGGACAGCUUCAAGCUGUACUGUAAUUUAAAUGAUGCCGUCUUGAACGUAUUGGAGCUGUACUUCCAGAUGACCAAGAGAGACGCUACUAUGGCGUUGGACAUCUACAAGGUGUUCAUGAGGGAGACCACUGAGAUCAUCAACUUCUUUGAGUCGUCGAGAAGGAAGUUCCAGAUUGAUCUGCCACAUCUAUCACAGGCACCAUCAACAGUGGUCAAGGGAUUGGAGGAGUACUUGAGCGAGCUGGACGAUGACUAUGAUGGAAGCAACCCUCCACAACGCGACUACAACAAUGGCAACAACAAUGGUAACAACAACAACAACAAUAGCUACAAUGACAGCAGGUCUCAGAACAUUGGAUCACAGUUCAAGUCCACAAACCAGUUCGAUCAAUCAAAGAAGAUGAUGAUGGACGAUGUAUCCUUGAUCAACUUUGACGAACAGGACAACUCAUUCGACUUCACGACCACACCACCUCCUCCUGCUGCACCAUCUACUUCAUCAUUCCAACAGCAGCAUCAACAGUUCCAACCAAUGCAGCCAGUCCAUCAGCCGCAGCAGCAGCAGCCACAACCAAUGCAGCAAAAGUCCAACAUAUCUCUGGACCCAUUGGAUCCAUUUGCAGCUGGUAGCACACUGCAGCCACUCUCGCCAAUGAAUGCUCAGAGUAACCAACCACUCAACAUGAGCAGUGGCAUGUCAAAGUCAUCGAGCCUGUUCGACUCUCCAUCGUCCGCUCCACUGGUCCCCAUCAGCAUCAGCAACAACAACAACAGUGGCAAUAACAAUAUGAUGAUGGGAGGUGGUGGCAACAACAAUGGCAUGGGCAAUCAACCAAUAAUGCCAAUGAAUCAGAUGAAUCAGAUGAAUCAAAUGAACCAGAUGAAUCAGAUGAAUCAGAUGAAUCAGAUGAACAUGGGAGCGAGACCAAUGCAGCCAAUGAACAACAAUGGAAUGAACAGACCAAUGAACAUAGGCAUGGUGCAACCAAUGCAGCCAACAAUGGGCAUGGGCAAUAACAUGGGAAUGCAGCCAAUGAUGGGAGGCAACAACAACAACAACAGCAACAACAACUCACCUAUGGGCAUGGGUAUGAGGCCACCUGGACAGGGCAUGGGAUCCAUGCAGCCAAUGCAGCCAAUGGGUAUGAACAGCAACAACAGCAGUAACAACUCACCCAUGGGCAUGGGUAUGAAGCCAAUGCAACCGAUGCAGCCCAUGAUGGGAGGCAACAACAGCAACAACAGCUCGCCAAUGGGCAUGCAACCAUUGCAGCCUAUGAUGGGUGGUAACAACAGCAACAACAGCUCACCAAUGGGCAUGGGUAUCAAGCCUAUGCAGCCAAUGAUGGGUGGUAACAACAACAACAAUGGCAUAAUGCAACCAAUGAUGGGUGGCAACAACAACAACAACAACUCAUCAAUGGGUAUGAAGCCAAUGCAGCCAAUGCAACCAAUGCAACCAAUGGGCUUGAAUAACAGCGGCAACAACAUGAUGCAACCAAUGCAGCCGCUGCAGCCAAUGGGCAUGAACAACAACAACAACAGGGGACCAUACCAGCAAUCGAUGAUGCCUGGUGGCCAACCGCAGCAGCAACAGCAGCAACAGCAACAGAAGGUGCAGGUACAGAACAUCUACUUCUAG